CAAGGAUACUUAUAUUAUGAAUCAAGAAAACCAGGUUUUAUUAGCAAAGGAAUAUAUUGAACAAUUCAAAUUCAGGGAAAAAGGAUACAAGACAAUUUAUUAUCUUGAAAAUGAUUUUAUAAGGGCUCUUAGAUUCAUAACUCCAUUGCUUAGUCAUAUUGGUGUUAAAAAUGUAAAUGAAAUCGUAGUAGAUUCCACAUUUGAAACGAACCAGAAACGUUUUGAGCUUUUUGCCAUAAAUGUCAAUCAUGAUGGUUAUGGCAUGCCCUUAGCAUACCUCUAUCUUUUAACAUCUGAUGGUACUGGACUGGCACUUAGUGAUUAUAAAAAUCGAAUAAAUACAAGGGUACAAGUAUUAGCACAAUACCAUAGAAAAAAAUGGGAUAAACUUUCUAAGUAUAAAAAGGUAAUGGAUAUGACAUUAGUAUUAUAUGAAAGAGAAAUAGAUAAUAAUAAUUUUACAGAUGCCUUUGACAAAUUGAUGAGACCAUUGGCAAAAGAAAUUAAUGAGUGUCAGGAAGCAUUACAAAAUUGUAAUCAACAGAGAACUUGGAGGUCACAUGGAAAACUUGCAUUCUGGUUAUGCUAA